AUGUCAAAGUCCGAAUCGUACGAGUUCCAAGCUGAGAUCUCUCAGUUGUUGUCCUUGUUCAUUAACACUGUCUACUCCAACAAAGAGAUCUUUUUAAGAGAGCUGAUCUCUAAUGCCUCUGAUGCAUUGGACAAGAUCCGUUACCAAUCCUUGAGUGAUCCUAAAGUGCUAGAAACUGAACCAGAGUUGUUCAUUAGGAUUACCCCAAAGCCUGAAGAGAAGGUUUUGGAGAUCAGAGAUUCCGGUAUCGGUAUGACUAAAGCUGAUUUGGUCAACAACCUGGGUACUAUCGCCAAGUCUGGUACGAAGGCUUUCAUGGAAGCUUUGAGUGCAGGUGCUGAUGUUUCUAUGAUUGGUCAAUUCGGUGUUGGUUUCUACUCCCUGUUCUUGGUUGCUGACCACGUUCAAGUCAUUUCCAAGAACAACGAUGACGAACAAUAUAUUUGGGAGUCAAACGCGGGUGGCAAAUUCACCGUUUCUUUAGAUGAGACCAACGAAAAGUUAGGUAGAGGUACCGUGCUGAGAUUAUUCUUGAAAGAUGAUCAGCUGGAAUACUUGGAGGAGAAGAGAAUAAAGGAGGUCGUUAAGCGUCACUCUGAGUUUGUUUCUUAUCCAAUCCAGUUAGUCGUCACCAAGGAGGUUGAAAAAGAUGUUCCAGUCGAAGAGGAGGAAGAAAAGAAGGAAGAGACUGAGGAAGAUGACAAGAAGCCUAAACUAGAGGAAGUUGACGACGAAGAAGACAAGAAAGAAGAGGAAAAGAAGAUUAAGAAAGUCAAGGAAAGUGUCACUGAGACUGAGGAGCUGAACAAGACUAAGCCUUUGUGGACCAGAUCUCCAUCUGAAGUCACUCAGGAUGAGUACAAUGCUUUCUACAAGUCCAUUUCUAACGAUUGGGAAGACCCAUUGGCUGUUAAGCACUUCUCUGUCGAAGGUCAAUUAGAGUUCAAGGCCAUUCUGUUCAUUCCCAAGAGAGCUCCAUUCGAUCUAUUCGAGUCUAAGAAAAAGAAGAACAAUAUCAAGUUGUACGUUAGACGUGUUUUCAUCACCGAUGAAGCUGAGGAACUAAUUCCAGAAUGGUUGAGUUUCGUUAAGGGUGUUGUGGACUCCGAAGACUUGCCAUUGAACUUGUCCAGAGAAAUGUUGCAACAGAACAGAAUCUUGAAGGUUAUCAGAAAGAACAUUGUCAAGAAGUUGAUUGAGACUUUCAACGAGAUUGCUGAAGACAAGGAACAAUUCGAGAAGUUUUACAGUGCUUUCUCCAAGAACUUGAAGUUGGGUGUCCAUGAAGACAGCCAAAACAGAUCCGCAUUGGCCAAGUUGCUGAGAUUUAACUCCACCAAGUCUACUGAGGAGCUAACCUCAUUCUCUGACUACGUCACCAGAAUGCCAGAGCACCAGAAGAACAUCUACUUCAUUACCGGUGAGUCUGUCAAGGCUCUUGAGAAAUCUCCAUUCUUGGAUGCUUUGAAGGAGAAGAACUUUGAGGUCCUAUUGCUGACCGAUCCUAUUGAUGAGUACGCUAUGACUCAAUUGAAAGAGAUUGAGGACAAGAAAUUGGUUGACAUCACUAAAGACUUUGAGCUGGAAGAGUCUGAGGAGGAGAAGAAGGCUAGAGAGGAAGAGGUUAAAGAUUUCGAGCCUUUGACUAAAGCCCUGAAAGAGAUUUUGGGUGACAAGGUUGAGAAGGUUGUAGUUUCCUACAAGCUGGUUGACUCUCCUGCUGCUAUUAGAACUUCCCAAUUCGGCUGGUCUGCUAACAUGGAAAGAAUUAUGAAGGCUCAAGCUCUGAGAGACACCAACACCAUGUCCUCGUACAUGGCUUCAAAGAAGAUCUUCGAGAUCUCUCCAAAGUCGCCAAUCAUUAAGGCUUUGAGAAAGAAGGUUGAGGCUACCGGUACAGAUGACAGAGUUGUCAAGAACUUGACCACUUUGUUGUUCGACACAGCUUUGUUGACUUCCGGUUUCACUUUGGAUGAGCCAACUUCUUUCGCUGCCAGAAUCAACGGUUUGAUCUCCAUUGGUUUGAACAUCGAUGAGGAGGAAGAGAAAGAGCCAGAACAGGCUACUGAAGCUCCAAGUGAAGAAGCUGUUGCUGAGUCUGCCAUGGAGGAGGUUGACUAG